GUCGCUGUCGUGUAAGCAAAAAGCCGUAGAAACUUUGCGGUCGUCGUGAUCAAGUUAGUUUCCAUUUCACAACUUUGUCGGUAACGAUUAACGUAACCUUUAGUCACUUAACUCACUUCUGAUUCAGAUUGUUGCUACUGCCGUAGCUUACUUUGAAGUGAAGACCUCUUGCUCGUUCUAGGCAGAAGACCAAGUUGUUGUACGACCGCGAGUUCAAAUUAUUUUCGUCUGUUGACCACAGCACGGCAAAAUAAACAUUACAGUUAGCAAGCAACAAGAGAAAAAAAAUGACGGACAUCGUGCUGCUCGAUUACCGAGAGGAGGACGUGGGAAAGACGAUCGGGAGCUCAAAAAAGCGGUACACCUGGAAGCUAAUGCUGAGCAACCGGGAGCAGGAGAUCGUGUUCACCAACACAAAAUUUACGGGGAAAAAGCGCAUACGGGUGAACGGCUUUCUGCAGCACGAACAGCAGGUCUUUCAGUCCUCAAGGUUUUUCUACUCUUGGCCGCUGGGAAACCAUUUGCUCUGCGUGUCGCCAAACAAAGACUACAAGGCGCAACUGGAUUCAGGUACGGAAUUGAUGUCUCGGGUUUACUUAUAGCUUAUGCUUUUUUUUUGUGUUUGUAGAUCUGCGUUCGCAUUCUGUUCUAGAGAGAAAGAGAGUCGCGUUUUGGUGAAGUAGAAGAAGUAUAGAACCAAAAGACCCAUUUAGUACACGGUACUACCACACGACCAGCGUUCAUCCUGUCCAUCGACGGUAUUCCGUUUUUCGAGUACCUGGGCACUCGGGAGAUCCGUGGCCUCGCCAUGCUGAUCGGGUUGCUGGGGCAGGCGCAACGGCAGCGCGCGAUGCAGCAGCAGCAGAUGCGGAAUGCCCCGAGUCCCGACGAGUUCGACCCCAAUGCGUACGAGAACUCGCCGGAGGUCCAGGAGGAGCUUUAUCGCAGCUUUCAACAACAAAGGAAUAGCAACCAGCAGGCCGCGUAUAGUAAUCAGCCCACGACAGGAACUACUGCUUUCCACGCAGCAGCGCAGCAAAAUCAUGCUGCGUCAGCAGCACCACCGCCAGCACCCCCGUACUAUGCGAGCAAUUCGAACCAAGGGAGCAUGCCCCCGCAGCAGCAACAGGGCCAAGAACGGCAGGCCGGAUCUUCUUCGCCUCAGCGGUCGCCGCACGCAUACAGCUACACGAACAACACGCCAUUUGCGAUCAUGGACAUCGGAAGGAAGAAAACCCCGGAGCCGCCCCCCGACCCGCUCUUACCAUUGGAGAACGGCAGUGCGGUUAGUUACCACAACCAACAACUCGCUUUGGUAGAGCCGAAGCCGUACUCGCCAAAAACUUUGGCGUUGACCAACGGGCCAGCUGCCGCGCUGUUACCCGCAGGAGCUCCGCAGUUGGGUACAACUACAAGUGCUAGGCCGCUCGUGGUGGCACAGAGCAGUCUGGUCAGGAGCAAGGAGGAAAACAAUAAUUCUUCGUCGGAGCAAAACCAAACCAGCAGUAGCGCCGACGAGGAUCAACAACAUCUUCGUGCUGGUGGGAAAAAACCCUUGCCGUUGGAGGGAAGUACUAAAAUGAAUGUCACAGUGAACAGCACAGCAGGUUCUUUGUUGAGUACGACGGCGACAGCUGGUGGCGUAAACAGGAUCGUGCAAAGACCGGUUAGCGAAGAGAAGUCACUUUUCGACCGGGGAAGAAAUAACGUGCAGCAACAGCAGCAAGCCGCGAAGAGUUCCUCUUCCGGGGAAGAGACUUCCUCCUCAGCAUCGGAAUCCGGCUGUAUGCAUUGCAAAAGUAGUACUGUAGAAUCGUACAACUACGUGUAUAAGUAAUGCAUAGAAGACUCUCUAGGUGAUUAGUGGAAUGUGUACCGCUGAAUAGUUUUUACCAGAUUUGUCAUAAUGCAGUAUUGCCAUAACGACGGGUCUGCGAUACAACUUUUGCAAAGGAUAGAAUCGUCGGAGCAGCAAGACCCGUUUUCCGCGAGUAGCUCCAGCAGAGGGCCACCAGCAGCAGGUGGCCCUCCGGGUGGUCGCGGCAAAAAUCACUCGAACGGUCCAGCGCAACUACAACAGCGCGGCCAGCACUUCGCCUCACCAAACAUCAACCACAGCCUCGGGCCGCAGAUGAUGCGGGCAGGGCCAGGAACUACAGGUGGGCCGCCUUCGCACGGCUACAACAGUAACCAGCAGGCACAGCAGAUGUCUACUUCGUACAACUCGCCGCAGCAGAUGAGCCGACCACCCCCCGCGGUAGUGCAGCAACAGUACGGGAACACAGCGCAGUACAGUUACCCACCAAAUCAACCCUCACCCGUGGUGAACUACAAUAUGAACAAUGCGACGACCCAGCGGCAAUCCCCCACCAUGGGCAACGCUUACGCGGUGCCAAUUGGUGGGAACAACAGUAGUAUACAGUCACCGCCACAUCAGCCGGGGGGAACAGGUUCUUACAUGCCACAGACCCCGCCGAACAGGCAAGCUGUGCCGAUGAUGGGUGGAGUUCCCGGCGGUGCUUCUCUGCCGCAGUACGCAGGGCCGCAGCCGGGCCAGCAACUAAUAUCUUCGGGGGGGAUGUACAACUAUCCUGGACCACAGCAGCAACAACAGGGCCAACCUAACCCGAACCUGUCUCCCGCCAUGGGCGGAGCAACGGGAAAUCCGAACUAUCCAAACGUCGCCCAAAUGAACCCGAAUUUGCGCCAGCCGUACAAUCCUUACCAGUGAGGAGAUCGCAUCAAAAUCAAAUGAAAUAAACCUUUAGUGGAGCAAUAUUACAACGCGGCUCGCGAUAGUACUGUAACUUUGUACGCGGGGAUUUUUCCAUAAUCUGAUGGCGCGUCGGUUCCGAGUAUGUCAGCGUUUUCCUGGAUGCGUUUACUCAUCGCUCGAGCAGUUUUUCGACGUUGCGAAAAUGCUAUAUGGUAUUGCGCAAAAUUUUGAGAACAAGAUGAAGAAAUUCAAAUGAAAUGUUUUACAACGCAGAAAACUUCUGAGGAUGAUGUCAGAAAACCAAGCCGCGAGUCGCGCAUCGCUUUCUUUCGCUCGUCGUUCCAAAGAACCUUCAGUACCGCAAAUAUUAGCUUUACGUAUUUCAUUCGUGUCGGUGCGCGUAG